UCGUUCGCCAUUUUGAUUUGAAGUCUGGGUAGACGGUUGAUUGUGUGCGUGUGGUUUUGCGCGUGGAUUUUCGUUUUAUUUAUAGUUUAUGAAAUUAUUGUUUAACUGUAAGAUCAAGUACGAAAUUCUAUUACGAUUAUAUUUCUGCGGGAGGGUAAUUCAGCGGCAAACUACUUAGUAUCCAAAGAGACAAUUAAAAGGCGCCAUUCAUUUGCACAGCGUGGUUGGGACUUGAGGCCUACGAAGGCCUCUAGUAAACGUCACACUGAAAACAAAGGGAGCUCCGCGCAGCUUAUGUUCUAAGGCUGCACAUUCUAUUGUGCAAUUGUGAAACCAUUUAGCGGUGUUUAAAUCGCAAUCCUUGGACGUUAAAACGAGUUAUUUGAUAAUCGUAUUAAAGUUGGGCCGCAUUGGCGACGGAGAAGAUGGCCGAGUGUUAUAUCCGAGUGGCGGAAGACGAGAACGAGGAGCCCAUGGAGAUUCCUUCGGAGGAUGAUGGCACAGUGCUACUGUCCACUGUCACGGCGCAGUUCCCCGGAGCGUGCGGCCUGCGUUACCGGAACCCGGUGUCUCAGUGUAUGAGGGGGGUUCGCCUGGUGGAAGGAAUUCUUCAUGCGCCGGAGACUGGUUGGGGCAACUUAGUCUACGUGGUCAAUUACCCUAAAGACAACAAAAGGAAAAUGGAAGAAAUUGAUGCAGCAUCAGCUGUGAAAGUAAAACGUGCAGUGCAGAAAACGUCUGAUUUAAUUGUUCUUGGUCUACCAUGGAAGACAUCUGAACAAGAUUUAAAGGAAUACUUCAGCACCUUUGGCGAAGUGCUGAUGGUUCAGGUUAAACGAGAUAUAAAAACAGGGAACUCCAAGGGCUUUGGCUUUGUCAGAUUUACAGACUACGAAACACAAGUGAAAGUUAUGUCACAGCGACACAUGAUAGAUGGAAGGUGGUGUGAUUGCAAGUUGCCCAAUUCAAAGCAAAGUCCUGAUGAGCCUCUAAGAAGCAGAAAAGUGUUUGUUGGUCGUUGUACAGAGGAUAUGACUGCUGAGGAGCUGCGACAGUUCUUUAUGCAGUAUGGGGAAGUUACUGAUGUCUUCAUACCCAAGCCUUUCCGAGCUUUUGCGUUUGUCACCUUUGCAGAUGACCAGGUUGCCCAGGCUCUUUGUGGAGAGGACCUAAUAAUUAAAGGAGUCAGCGUCCACAUCUCGAAUGCUGAGCCUAAACACAAUAAUAGUAGGCAAAUGAUGGAGCGAGGGGGGAGAUUUGUUCAUCUCUUUUCCAACAUGGCUGGAAGACACCCAUCACUGGCAGCAAUGUUCGAGCGAUCUCAGUAUCAUUACCCUUCUCAUGUCUAAUGCUUUAUGCCAUCCAAGAACACCGCUUCGCUCCACGUAUUCUGUUUAGACGGGAUCUCGGCUAAGAAGUGAUCUCCCCUCACCUUUCAACUGCGGACCCCGGUUCACAACUGGACCAGGAUGAAGUCUGUUUUCUGAAGGCUGUUUUGAAGACCCAAGCACUAGAAAAGCAGUGGUGGUCAAAACUAACUAGCCAACAGUGGACUGAAGCCUGAUUGUCUCUUUUAGAGGUGUAAACCUCACACUUCAGACUUUGGGAGCUAUCCUUGCAUUUUACACAUUCAUGGACAAAUGGAGUUAAAUUAUACCUGAAGCCAUUUAAUUUCCUUUCAAUAAAAAUUUAAAUCAUGGAUGCUGUGUACAGGGAAGGGGUGCUUUUAUUAAUGGUAUUUCCCACUCUUAUCCGGUAGUCUUAACUUUUUGUUUUGUUAAUGGCCACAGUGUCUCCUCUGCAAUGUGAAAAAGCUUUGAGAAACUCUUUACCCUUUGCAGCAUUUGGUGCUUUGGUUCUUAAGACAAGCCCAUGAGAUGGGUGGGUUAGCUCCUGAGGAGCUGCAGCUGAUAGGGGAAACCAUUUACACAACUUUCUCAAAUUGACUUUUUUGAUGUAAUUCAUUCAAUUGCUGCACAAUUUGUGUUCUUAAAUGUUAUGUGGUGAUUGAUUAAACAUAGCUUGAGAUUUUAA